AUUGGACCGUUUUCCUCUCAAACAGAGCAUUCGCAUUGAAAUCCGAUCAUAAAGAAAAUGCUGCUCUCUGCAUUGCCUCCGCAGAAUCCAUUAUCCAAUCCCACCCCACCCCCUCACUACCCCCCUACCCUCCUCUUCUCCCCCGCUAUCUUCUACAAAGCAGCAGCAACUUCAACUAUUCACGCUUCUUCCCAUAGGCUACCACUACUCACUCUCACCAACGCCGCCGCUACCUCCUCCACUACUCUCCGGCACGUGAGUGGCACGUGCUCCGAUGACGAUGGAGACGGAGACGGAGACAGUAUGGUUACUUCGGCGUCAGCUGUUGCUGCGGCGAUACGGAAUGCGUCGACGUCACCGGUGGAGUUCAUUCAGACGAUUGAAAAGGAUGAUGGUAAAAAUAGAGGUUUGGUGCUACCCAGUGUUGAUUUUCAGAGACUGUGCCUUGAACAAUUGGAGCUGUUUCGCCGUAUAGUUCAUCCUGACUCUGUUCUUUCCGUUUAUGUAAGACCAGCUGGUAGCUAUGUAAUGGACCGCCUAGAGUUGCAGCGGGUUAUUUUACAUCCACGUGUUAAUGCUACUGAUCUAGUGAUUCUAAUUGGUAACUUUAGCAUUCCAGCAGGCUUAAGAAUUGCUGAAGCAGCUCUUUCAAGGCAAGAGGCAGAGUUACUUCCCGAGCUUGGAGCUGUGGUGUUCCCUAUGUUGAAACACCCAUUUAUUGUUGGAUUUUUAGUUGCGGAACUCCCAAGCACUACAUGGGAUAAGGGAGGGCUUAAUGUUAAAGGAUGGCCUGCCCAGGAGGAGACUUUUCCUUUACCUCCUAGCACAGAUUUGAAAUCAUUGAAUAUCAAAACUUCAAGUGACCACUCCUUUGAGAUGUUAAAAUUUACAGCUGAGCAAAGAUUAAAUGCAAUAAAUAUUUCUCGUUCACUUGCAAUGGCUUAUGUCAUGGAUCAGAAAUCAAUUCUGCUCCAACAGUCCACCUGGCAAAAUAAUAUCAGGAUGAGCAACUUGGUUGAGCAAAUUCGGGGUUCUCUUUCCAGUAUUCGAACUUUGAGUAAGAUGUUAUCUGUUCAGAUUAGAAAGAGUGAGAUUUCAUAUGACAUUGUUCAAGACAUUUUGGAGCAAGGUGAUUGCUUGAGUGAUACUCUUAAGGGACUCCAGGAUGUUGUUUCCUUAACAAAGGCUAAUAUAAUGCGCUAUAGUGAAGAAACAUUGAAAAGGAUGCCUAAAUCAACUCAUCCUGAUCAUGAGUCGGUGAGGUCACAGUUAUCCGAUAACUUGUCUCAAAAGCUAGAAUCUUUCUCUUUAAAAUCCAAGGAUCUAGAAAUGCCAAUGCCACCUAUUGCUCUUGCCCCUUUACGCCAGGAGGGAAUCAGACCAUGCAACAUUUCUGAUGUACUGGUGGAUUUGGUGGGAGCAGUGGUGCCUUUAGCACACGAGCAGAAGAGAGCUGUUUUACUUUCUGAGGUUCCAAGAUCUUUACAGGUACCCAUUGAAGAGCCUGCUCUACGCCAGGCUUUGGGUAAUUUGAUCGAGGGUGCUUUAUUGCGUAUACAAGCUGGUGGGAAGGUUGAAAUCAUUGCAAGCGGAGCACCUGCAGGGGGUGCUCUUGUUAUAAUUGACGAUGAUGGCCUUGAUAUGCACUAUAUGACGCAGAUGCACUCUCUAGCACCUUUUGGGGCAGACUUAUUUUCUGAAGAUAGGGUAGAGGACAACAUGACAUGGAACUUUGUGGCUGGACUAACUGUUUCUCGAGAAAUACUGGAGAGUUAUGGAUGUGUAGUGCGGGUGAUCUCACCAAGAGUAACAGAUGCUGCAAUUGGAACCGGAGGAACCCGCAUAGAACUCUGGUUUCCCUCUUUUUCUGCUUCAUCUGUCGUAGAUGGCCCUUCUCAUGAGGCUUAACAAAGAUUGGGGAUUCCACUGUCAUUUAUCUAGUUGUUUAAAGAACAAAAACAUACAACAAAUUCCUGCUUAAUCCUUUGCAGAUCCUGAGAUGGAUAAUUUGGAAAGAGCUUGUACUUUAAAGAUUCAUCUAGUGACACAAAUCUGCAAAUGACUAUUUCCUCUCCUACUGGGGGAUUGAACAAAAUGAAGGUAUAGCUAAUAAUACCAGAAGGAUGGAUGCUGCAGGAGAAUUUAGGCAAUCCUUCUUUUGGCUUCGUCUAACACUUCCUCUUGCUGGUCAAGCCUUCUACAGAAAAACAAUGCUAGAAGACUUCUGCAUAUACUUUAGCGUAGUAGUUAUUUCCAUUACCAGUUUAUUAUCCGUUGUGUUGCCACAAAAUAUUGUGAUUGAUUAUGAACUAAUUGCAUGGGUAGAAUCUGCCUAUUGUAUAAAUCAACUUACCUCUGCAGAUGUUCCAGUUUGAACUAUUUGCAUUGCUGGGACGUUUAUUGGACAGAAACUAGCGGAAGAGUAAACACACAAGCUCACUUUUGAGUCUUAGUUGCCACAAGUUCCUGAAAUCCUUCCCUGCUGCUAUGGUUUUUUUUUUAGCAAUGUUGGGUAUCAGAGUGAAAAUAUAUCAAUGCCUUUCAUGUAAAUUUUAAAUGGCAAAAGCUUCUUUAUCAGCUUA